AAUUUGCUUUGGGUACAACCGUUUAGGAAAUACUAAAUUCUAGACAAAAAUAAUUAGUAUGACUAAACUAACCUUAAUUAAAUAUUGCUACAUAGUUAUAGUAGCACUUACUUCUAUUUUCAAAUGUGAUCAAAUGUGAGGGGUAAAUAACUUUUUUGGUAUACUGUACAUCCCUUAAUUUUGGAAAAACAAAAUUGAAUUUUUUUAAUUAUAUAAAUAGAUACUUAUUUUGGACCAUAAUAAAAAAGUAAAUUGGUCACUUAUUGUUGACCGGAAGGAGUAAUUAAAAGAGAUGGAGUAAUAAGGAUUUAAGUUAUAUAUAUAUACUAAUAGGUUAAUAAAUGUUUUUGGUUUCCCAUCCGGUGUUCGGUACCCGUAUUGGAGCCCGAUUAUAUCCGGAUUCGCGCCGGGUAAGCCCCAUUCGGGGGUAGCGCUCCCUACCAAGGGUUUUUCCAUACCCAGGGCUAGAACUCGAGACCUCUGGGUAAGGAAGGAGCAGCCCCAUCCACUGCACACACUGCACCACAUCACUUAUGGUGGUUAAUAAAUGUUUAUACCUCCCUCUUGGUUCACUUUAAUUAAUUUUUAAGGAAUCCACCUUUUAGUAUUAAUUAACAAUGAAAUUGACCAUAUUAACCAUAGUUUAUUCAUUGGAAAUAUAGCAAAUAUUUCUAGGCUCUUUACUCAAAUGACAACUUUUCAAAGAAGAAGUUAACUCCUUCUUGAUAUCUAACAAAAUCAAAUAUUGUGAACCACAAAAAAUAAAAGGCUAAAAAAUUAAUUAAAGUAGACCAAAGGGAGGAGUAUAAUUUAACCUGUUAGAGAAUGUUAGUUACCAUUUGUUUUACGUUUCUAAUUAAUGCUAAUUAAAUAAAGUUACUUGUAAUUAUCUUUCAAGUGACCUGAUUGUGUAAAUAAUUCUUAUAUCCUCAGCGCAAAAAACUUAAACUCUUAAAAUAAUUUUUGGCUUUUAUAAAAUUUGAUCAGGUAAUAUAUGUAAUAGAUUAAAAUGUACUACUACUAUUAUUUUGGUCUCAAUUUUUCCAGGCUGUUAAUUAAUGAACGUUGUGUGUGAUAUAUAAUAAUAUACUAAUUGGAGUAUGUGUUUGUAUUAGUAAUUCUACUGAAUUUUUUCCAAGAUUGAUGUAUAAUUUUACAAGGAUCACAGUAUGACAGAUAUUUCCUAGAGUAAUAUUUCCUUAAUUAGAUAUCACAAGGACCACUAUCUUCAUUCAUUAAAUAACUAAGGAUCAAAAGUGUAUCAAUUUGUUUCCUUUUAAAGUUUUUAUUUUAGGUGUAAAUGUGUUUAUGUUCGUGAAUACAAGAAAAAAUCUGCUAAUUGUCAAUGCAAAAGGGCCCUACGGACUCGGGUGCGGCUGCAAAUCUAGUGGUUGGAUCCUUUAUAAUCUAAAUUUUAAGAUUCGGUGGUACAGAUCAGGUACAGAUGCAGGGAUUUGGCUAAAAAUAAUUCAAAUAUCCAGAAAUAGAGUAAUAGCAAUAUGUCUAAAUUAUGUAGAAAACUUACAAAGAUAUUUCAAAUAUUGAUCAAGAGGAGAAUAUGAAAAGGAGAUAAAAGGUAAAGAUAUAAAGUAUUCCAUUUUCUUCAGUUUUACCCUAGCUUUUGUUUUGGUUUCAUAAAUCAUUGUAUAUGUCCUGAAUGUCACCAUCGAUUUUGGUCAAAUUACCCAAAAUCGGUAGACCAGAUCCGGUACGGAUCCCACACCCAUACCUACGCCCAUGUCGUGUCAACACGGGUGCGACACAGAAAGUGAAGAGUCCGAGCAAUUUAGGCCCUAAUCAUGUCAAGUUGGGGAGGGUCGGCCUGUGACCGUCCCAGCCCGAUCAAUCACGGGCAUUCAGUUGUCUGGUCCCGGAUUCCAUUUCAUAGUUUUUCAUUGGAUAAGGGGACUGGGAAGAAGUGUUUUAUGAUUGCAGCAAGGGAGCUUGUUAUUUCAUGGGGUGAUACACCACAUUAUUGGAAAUGGUCAUCUCACCCCGACUCCAGAUUCUCGGAAGUGGCUAAUCUUCAGUUUGUUUGUUGGCUUGAUAUGCGAGGCAAGAUUGAAACUCGAAUAUUGUCAAAAAGAACCAAAUAUGUUGUUUAUCUAGUGUUCAAAUUGGCAAACGGAUUUUAUGGCCUUGAAACUGCUAAUGCUUUUGUUAGAUUUGUUGAUUGUGAGAGUAACAACAAAGCUGAGGAACGAGCUAGUGUUGUUAGUCUUUCGAGACAAGAAGGAGCAGGUGAGAAGCGAUCCAAGAGAAGAGUUGAUGGAUGGAUGGAAAUAGAAAUGGGAAAUUUUUUCAAUGAUGCUGGAGAAGAUGGAGAUGUUGAAGCAAGAUUGAUGGAGAUUAGGCGUCUCUUUGCCAAAGGUGGCCUCAUUGUUCAAGGAAUGGAGUUUCGACCAGAAUGAAGAAGAGAAGAAUCCUCUUAUCAUGCGUUGCUAAGGGUCGCUCUUUUCUGGAUUGAUUCAAAAUUCUUCUCACAAAAUGGUCAAUAUCGGGCUAUCCAUAUAGUUGAUUCACUAUGUUAAUGUACAAUACAGAGUGAAUAGAUGUGUGUAAAAACCUCAAUAUCUUAUUAUGAUUGUAAAUGAAAUAUGACACUUGUUUGUUGCAUCAAUUUCUGCACUCUGUUAUGUUCAACUCUUUA